CCCGCCGGCCGGCGCGCCAGCCGGGAUCGGAGCACUCACGUCGAUCCUGGUCGGUUGCUCUUCGAAUCUGACCCCAACGCCUGUCUUGAUCUUGCGAAAUUUCCACAUCCAAUGUUUAGUUAGGCGCCCUAAUUUAAGAUCUGUGUCUGCCUGAAAAGACUCGAAGAUGAAGUGCCUACUGGUAGUCCGGAAUCCUAGCAUGCCAGACAUUGUCUUCAUGUGGAAUGAUUGUGAGUUCAAGGCGCACCUUGCCAAGUCUGCAUAUGAUCGGGGCCUGACAGAGCCAGAGGAGAUCCUUGGGGACUUAGACAUCAGUGUCGUGACGCAGUAUUUCUCGCCGAUCAUCGCAUCCCAUGGACUUCUCUCAUCGGAAAUGAACUGCCCUUACUCCAGUAUUACCUGUAACAAUGACUUCAUCUUUGUCAUGAAACAAUUUGGACAGCACCUGUACAUAACUGUCAAUGGAGACGGAGAGGAGACUGAGCAAUUCCUUCACAAGAAGCUCUUGGUCUUUCAUCGCAUUAUUCAGUUCUUCUAUGGUGCAGCAACAGAGCAGUUACGUAAGGAUAGUCCAAGUCAGAGAGAUGUAUUAUGGGAUACCUUAGGCUCUGUCUUGGACAGCUGGUGUGAGCUGUACCACAGGGAACAGUCCUUUCUUUUGGAGGCUGUCGAGACUCUAGAAGUCAACCAAACCCUGAAUGAACUCUGCAUCGGUCUCUUGGAAUCUGUCCUUCUCAAGUUCAGGUCUGCUGGAGAUAAGAAUGCAGCCCAUGCCAUGUUGAUUACAGGAGCUAAGCUCUUGCAGCUCUAUUCAAGUCGUAAUGCACCCGAGCUCCACCAGUCUGACAUCCUCCUGAUUGUGACGCUGGCUCGGUCCCUCUUCCCUGCACCAAAGGGCCCUCUGCAGGAGAUACAAGACGAAGCAUCGUCUCAGAGAGGUGGAGGAGGAGGAUCCGAUAGGGAGAACAGACAGUCUGGUGUCUUCAGCGAUGGGGAGUUCAUGAGUGCUGGAGAAGGAGGGGGUUCAGAUGGGUCACAGUACUAUAGUCCAGCCAACACGCAUGAAGACCGGAGCCCCUUGCCAUCAGAUGACCCGGAAGAAGAGAAACCGGACGCCAGUUCCAAUCCUCAAACCGAACAAGAACCAAUACACGAUGGAGAGCAGCAAGGGUCAUCAGCAGGUCGAAGGUCAAAUGGUGAAGGUCAGAGGUCGGGGAGUACGUCGGAGGAUUCUCAUACGGAUAGCUGGUGUGACCUGGCCGGGGGUCAUGGAGCAGACACGGCUAGUAUACCUUCCAUUGACUGCACUCCAGGUGGGCGUGUCCCGGAACCCCCAAACUCGCAAACCAUCUGGUAUACGCCCAUUGAGGGACCCAAACCCCGGGAUGCGGACAUCAGCAGCACAUCCACCCUAAAUUCCGAUCAACCACCGACUCCCUCCAAGUCGGCCAUGUCCAUCCACAACACGACCCCAUUGCAUCAGCCUCGUCCGGCCCCCUCCACCCCCACCCAGGCCCCCACAAGCUACCAUUCUACUUCUGCUUCACUAUCGUCGGGGGCGGCAACCAGGAGGAGUAGGAGGGAUAGGAGAGCAGGAGGGAUCCUGGAUGAUGCAGCCCAGAUGAUGGUGUAUCUCCAACAGUCUUGCCCCUGCAGCCCCCACGUUCUCCAUGUCGUGCGGCUCCUCCCGAGCAUCACGUUGGUGGUGGUGUCGGAGAUAAACAAUCAGGUCGCGACGUGGGUCAGUAACUGCUUGAAGCGCCUGAGUGAUCUCCUGAAUGCCCUGUCAAGGAAGGAGACCAGUGAAGCACUCCAGAGACAAAGCAGCGUAGGGAAACUGGAUGCAGAUCUCAAGCAGCUUGGGAAUGCUGUCAAGAAGUCAAGGAUCCAAGGUGUACAGCAAGUCCACACAGGUCUCAUCAAGCAGUGGACGAUCGCUAAGGGGUGUGGCUUGACAACAAACCAGGGAUCGAGUGCUUCUAUGGCACCAAGACUAGAAUCCAUUCUCUCGGAAAUGGGCAAAACCCUCAAGACCAUCUUCACCCGCUGCUACGUCCACCGCAACGCCCCCCUGAUACGCCCCCCAUCCCGCUACCUGCCGGUCAUCGGGGACGUGCGUGCAUCCCUGGAAGACUCCCUGACCCUCUACCACGAGUACCUUGCGGUGCGGGCGGAACGCAACAUCACCAUGACCAACUACCUGGAAGACUUUCCGGGUCUGGUGCACUUCGUCCAUGUGAACAGGACCACCGACCAGGUGCUGGCGCCCUCUAUCAGCGUCAGCUGUGAAUCGGAGCAUGUCGGUGGCAAGAAGAAACUUCUCCAAGAGAAGGUUUGGAGCAUGGUUGAGCAGUGUCACGAGAAACUUCAGCAAGGCAUCGUGAUGGAGACGGUCCGAGAAGGAGACUUCACUCUCUCGUAUCUUCUGUACUUUGAAGACCCAGGCGGUCUGCUUGUUUUUAACAGAGGGCUCCCCAAGACUACGAGGAGCCCAGUUCCUGGUAUACUAGCUGGAAAAUAUUUCAAAGAGGUAGUGGCCCAUGCCUUUCCGGGAUUGACUGGGGUGACCUGCUGUGAGCUGUUCUGCAUCCAUCUUUCAGUGGUCCCCUCGCCGAUGAUUGCCAAUCACAUCCGGAGGUUAAGGAUCAUGCUACGCUCUGGCGAUGCUAUUGCUCCGGUAACCCUGCUUUGAGUCCUGAUGACAGUGUGAGGAUCAUGCGUCGGUCAAGAGAUGCAGCCAUUCCAGUAAUCUUGCUUUGUUUAGUGGCAACAUUUCAAGGAUCUUGCUACGCUCUGGCGAUGCUAUCGCUCUGGUAAAUCUGCUUUGAGUCGUUAUGACAGUGUGAGGAUCGUACUUCACUCAAUAGAUGCAGUAAUUCCAGUAAUCUUGCUUUGUUCAGUGGCAACAUUUUGAGGAUCGUGCUAUGCUCUGGCGAUGUUAUCGCUCCGGUAACCCUGCUUUGAGGAGUCAUGAAAGUUUGAGGAUCAUGCUUCACUCAAAAAAUGCAGUCAUUCCAGUAACCUUGCUUUGUUUAGUGGCAACAUUUCAAGGAUCUUGCUAAGCUUCGGUGAUGAUAUCGCUCCGGUAACCCUGCUUUGAGUCCUGAUGAAAGUUUGAGGAUUGUACUUCACUCAAUAGAUGCAGUCAUUCCAGUAAUCUUGCUUUGUUCAGUGGCAACAUUUUGAGGAUCGUGCUAUGCUCUGGCGAUGUUAUCGCUCCGGUAACCCUGCUUUGAGUCCUGAUGAAAGUUUGAGGAUCACGCUUCGGUCAAGAGAUGCAAUUUCAAGGAUCAUGCUACGCUCUGGCGAUGCUAUCGCUCCGGUAACCCUGCUUUGAAUCCUGAUGACAGUUUGAGGAUCGUACUUCACUCAAGAGAUGCAGCCAUUCCAGUAACCUUGCUUUGUUUAGUGACAACAUUUCAAGGAUCUUGCUACGCUCUGGCGAUGCUAUCGCUCUGGUAAAUCUGCUUUGAGUCGUAAUGACAGUGUGAGGAUCGUACUUCACUCAAUAGAUGCAGUCAUUCCAGUAAUCUUGCUUUGUUCAGUGGCAACAUUUUGAGGAUCGUGCUAUGCUCUGGCGAUGCUUUCGCUCCGGUAACCCUGCUUUGAGUCCUGAUGAAAGUUUGAGGAUCACGCUUCAGUCAAGAGAUGCAAUUUCAAGGAUCAUGCUACGCUCUGGCGAUGCUAUCGCUCCGGUAACCCUGCUUUGAGUCGUGAUGACAGUUUGAGGAUCGUACUUCACUCAAUAGAUGCAGUCAUUCCAGUAAUCUUGCUUUGUUCAGUGGCAACAUUUUGAGGAUCGUGCUAUGCUCUGGCGAUGCUUUCGCUCCGGUAACCCUGCUUUGAGUCCUGAUGAAAGUUUGAGGAUCACGCUUCACUCAAUAGAUGCAGUCAUUCCAGUAAUCUUGCUUUGUUCAGUGGCAACAUUUUGAGGAUCGUGCUAUGCUCUGGCGAUGCUUUCGCUCCAGUAACCCUGCUUUGAGUCCUGAUGAAAGUUUGAGGAUCACGCUUCACUCAAUAGAUGCAGUCAUUCCAGUAAUCUUGCUUUGUUCAGUGGCAACAUUUUGAGGAUCGUGCUAUGCUCUGGCGAUGCUUUCGCUCCGGUAACCCUGCUUUGAGUCCUGAUGAAAGUUUGAGGAUCACGCUUCAGUCAAGAGAUGCAAUUUCAAGGAUCAUGCUACGCUCUGGCGAUGCUAUCGCUCUGGUAAAUCUGCUUUGAGUCGUGAUGACAGUUUGAGGAUCGUAGUUCACUCAAGAGAUGCAGCCAUUCCAGUAACCUUGCUUUGUUUAGUGACAACAUUUUUAGGGAUCACGCUUUGCUCUGGUAAAUCUGCUUUGAGUCAUCAUGGAAGUUUGAGGAUCAUGCUUCGGUUAAGAGAUGCAAGUCAUUCCAGUAACCUUACUUUGUUUAGUGACAACAUUUCAAGGAUCACGCUCUGCUCUGCAAAUGCUUGAGUUACCAUGCCGUGAGUUGUGUGAAAAGCUAGAGGAUCAUGCUUUCUUCUGGAGAUGUUAAUGCUCCAGAUAUCCCUGCUCAUAGUCAUGAAACUGAUUGGAAGAUCAAAACUACGCUCUGUGCUGCUAUCGCUCCUGAUGCUCUGCAUUUAGGAUCACCCUUUUCUCUUUAGGAUGAUAUCGACCCAAUCGCCCCUAGGGACAGUGAUUUUCCGUUUCAAAAAAUUGCCUUUUCCGUUUCAGAAAAUCUCAAAUUCCGUUUCAGCAUGUCAGAAAACGGAAAUUCCGUUUCCCCAUAGACUUUGUACACACGGAAAAGUGACAAUUCCGUUUGUAAAAUCACAACACGCACACUCGCACUGGUCAAAAUUUGUAUCUGCUACUGUACCAACAACACAAUAAAAUCCGUUCUAAUCGGAUCUAUGCGGGUGCAUAAAAUAUUUUUACACACCCAUUUUGCAUGCAUACAUCCUCACCUUUCAUAUUAUUAGCAUUAUUUCACGGUGAAAUGAUAUUUCAUCGAUAAUUUUGGGGGUUUUUGGACAUCGUUAUCAUCAGUCAACGGCUUUUCCCCAAUCCGCCAUCUUGGAUUUUAAGACCACGAUAUCGUGCUGUUACAUCUUCAAACGUAGAGGGCAGCAACACACGACCGUGUACAUGUAGUUGAACGACGUGCAUAUGUGAAGCCCAACCCGGCCGGCCGGGUACGGGUACGGUGCGGGGUACAAACGAGUGUGCUGAUGUCGAGUGCAGUCACAAUGUGUGAAUUGUCAUGAUAGUAGCGAAGUGAGAUCGUGUUUUCUGGGGUUUUUUGGCCAUUUAAUAUUCUCAUUUUGCUGUGAUUUUGGAGUAAUUUCUGUUGCUAUUCUGUGUAUUUUGAGGGAAAAUACGUUUUCCGUGAUUUUCCGUUUGAAAUGCCACUUUCCGUUUCAAAAGGCCCUUUCCGUGAAUUCCGUCCGUUUUCCGCGAUCGCGGAAAAUCACUGUCCCUACGCCCCUCUCUAAGCUAUGACCAAGUAAGAAUAUUCUUGAUUUUCCUAUUGACCAGUUGCUUGAAAAACCAGGAAAUAAGGUUAGCUCCACGGAGGAAAAACGAUUAUAUCCAUUGAUUUAGAAUUUGUCUUCAUGGCUCUAAGGCCCUCGAUAAUGUAGAUUGUUGUAUAGUAUUCUAUUCAUGCAUAUAUUUAUUAAUCGGUUGCUAAUAGACCAAGACCGCUCUUGCCAGGUGUACCCCUUCAUUGAUAGCUAGGCACAUUGGUAGGAUGAGGAACACUUCCAGCUAGCUGGGAUGUUGUCAUUCCAGAUACCCUGCUGUGCUGUGGUUCAUAAGAAAAUAAGAAUAUAUUUUAUUGCUGUUGUUAUUUGAAAGUCAAAAGUACAUAUACACUCCUUCAAAUAUGAUUUUAAAACAGAACUAAACUUAAACAAGCAUAUAAUUUAAAAUCCCAUCACGGUUGGAUGUAAAUAGGUAAGUUAUGUAAUUUUCAUGUUUUAUGUGUAUACAAAUGGCAAGUAUUAAGUGCCAGUAAUAUACAGUGAUACUCAAUAGUUUGUGGACCCCACCAGAAAAUGAAUAUAUUUAAAGUUCUGCCAUGUUUUAGAUGAUUGGGAAGUCUGAUGAUAACAUAUUACAUUCAACAAAGUUUGUUUCUCUGGGCUUGUUGAACAUCGUAGUGUUGUUGUCUGUAUUCAAUACUUCGCAUGAAGGGGUGCAUUUUGUGGUGGGGCUCACUACUUUUGAGCAAACUGUAUGCUAAAAACAGACAAGUAUACUUCCUGCAAUUAAAUGGUAAAAAAACAAGCUUUUAGAACUGUUUCUUACCAAUGACACGAGAUGAAAUGAAGUUAGAGUUGAGUAAAGUUGUUAUUCAGGUGUGUGUCAUCCAAAACUAUAUUGCUUCAUUGUUUUGUACUUGUUAAAGGUACAUGUAUGUGCAAGUGUUCUUCUCAUGACGAGUGCAAUUUUGAUUAACUUUAUUUGUACCAUUGAAGUAUAAUCAUUUGGAAUAAGUUAUAAAUCAUAAUUUUACUGUAAUUGUAAAUGUCAUAUUUACUGGGGUAUUGCAUAUAUUUUAUGGUCUCACUAACCAGAGGAGGCAACCUGAGGCAUCAUAUAUUAUACAAAUAAUGCAUGCAGCCGAGUGCGUUAGUGGAAAUGCAGAGCACGCGAGGUUUCUUUAGAUAGGUGCCGCACUGUGCACGAGCCGCUGGCGGCGAGUGCCCAGUGUGCACCAUCUGAAGAAACUGAGCUUUCUUUGCAUUUACUUUUACGCACGACAGAGCAAGUGCAUUAUUUGUUUUAUAAAAUAGCAACACAGAAAAAGUUGGAUGUCAUGUGACGAGUAUUGGCCAAUCGCGAUGCUUGAAAUAAUACACCUAUUUUAUAAUAUUAAUUCUUGGUUGUCCAUAUGUUCUGUUUUUAUUCUUGCUUGAUUACAAGGAACAUGCCGCUCCCCACCAUUGGUGGGUUCCAAAGAAAUUACAUUAUCAACUUUUUUGUUUUUUUUAUGUUUUUUACUUAGUUACCCGUAAUGAAAGAUAUACAAUAUUGUAUAUUUGUUUGGCAAUGCAUAUGUAACUGAAAUGCAACUGUAACCAGAACAAUGCUACUGUACAUGUCUGUAAUUUGAAUAUGUUUUGAAUAUUUUCUGUUACUUUCCAAAAGAUUAUAUUUUUUAAAGCUGAAUAAUGAAGGUUUUCUUUAUAUACAUCUCAGACUGUAUAAUUAAGAGUGGUCUAAUUUUUGUGACUACAGUUAUAUAUUCUUUCCUAUGUUUUUAUACUAACCAAAGAUUUUAGAUAUUCUAUGUAUACCGCAUUGCUUGCAUAUUGUCGGAUUGUUCAUUGUUGGAGGAAAUUUGACACAACUCUCAAAUUACAACUCGGCAAACUUGCCUGCGAUUCUUUAUUAUUAUUUGUUUUUAAAGCCAAGUUCGAUUUCUGAUGUAGAGAUCUAAUUUCGAUGGGAAAAAGUUAGAAGCAAUCCUGAAGUGUUUAUCAUAGGCCAGAUUGCUUAUUUUCAAUAAAGUUUAAUUGAAAUAAUCAAAGGUCAUCUAGGGGUCAAAAUGUCAAAUGGUAUGAGGUCAUGUCCAUUCUUUAUUCAAGUUUUUGUUCCACCUGCUCUCAUUUCUUUAUUUCUGCAUCAAUUUUGAUCACACUUGGUUCAAAUGAUUCCUGGGUAAUAUGACAUGUGUUUUCAUGGGAAUGAUUGGGUCAAAGGUCAUCUAGGGGUCAAAAGGUCAAGUUUUUUUCAACUUCUCUCAUUUCUUUAUUUUUGGAUAAAUUUUGUGCACACUUGUACAUAUGAUCCUUGGGUAAUACCACAUGUGUGUUCAUGAGGAUGAUGGGGUCAAAGGUCAUCUAGGGAUCAAAAGGUCAAAUGAUGAGGUUGUGUCCAUCCCUUUUUCAAGUUUUGGUUCAACUUGCUUUCAUUUCUUCAUUCCUGUAUCAAUUGUGUUUUCACAACUUGGUUCAAAUAUUCCUUGGGUAAUACCACACUUGUGUUCUUAGGAUGAUAAGGUCAAAGGUCAUAUAUGGUUCAAAAGAUCGUAUUGCAUAUUUAUUGAUCACGAAAUCAGGCGAGACCUGUGGUUCGUAAGCCACCUUGUUUUAUAGUGUGUUUGUAAUUGUAGGUCUUGUUCAAGUUUGUGAACAUUUUAUUUUCUCCUGUUACUUGUACCAGAGUUUAUCUUUAAUGAAAAAAAAAAGAAAUGAUGUAUCUUUGGGAAAAAAUGUGAAUGAGAGUAAACUUCCUUUGUGUUCAAACAAAUUAGCGGUAGUUGUCACAAAUAAGCCAUGUAGUAAUUAGCUUGAGAGCAACUUUUUGAAAAUGACCCUUUUUUCAAUUUGAUAGGUGAAAGGAGAUGUCAUCAUGAAAGCUUACUUGAUAUAUCAAUCUGUGGUAUUUAACACUACUAAAGAAACCAUUGCAUAGACCUGUAGAUGCAACUUGUGGUUACGUUGAUUUAGAAUUAGGAAAGCUUCUAUUUCAUUGUCCACUUUAAUUAGCAAUUAUAUGACACCUAGAUAGAUAUCGUUCAUUCAGCCCAUUUUGCAAUGACGUCAUCAACUGUGCAAUUUUGGAUCCAUACGAUUUUUUCCGUUGCACGCGCGCACCGAGACUGCAGCUGCAGCUCAUGCAGGCACCAGCAGUGCGCAUGUUGUAAUGACGUACAAUAACUUUCAACAGACUGAACUCGCACUGCAUGAGCAUGUUUUGUAUCGAAAUUCAUAAAUUUCAUAUGAAAAGAAAUCAAUUUGUAGGUGUGGACAGAAUACUUCAUUAUUAUUCUGUCCAUUGCACGAAUAAACAUUCAUUAUUUGUAUAUCAUUUGACCCAUUGCUGAAUGCCAAACAUGACUGGACGCUUUGUUGUUAUUCUUUAAAAUGAUAAGCAUAUUUUUAAAUGGCGUAAAUAAUCAUGCUCAUCUCUGUGAUUUAACAAGCACUAUUCCAAUGUCCAAUGGCCUUCAUCUGCUCAUGCCCAAAUUGUACGUAGAAAAUAGUUUAUUCUAUCCAAGGUUUGUUUACAUUUUGUGUAAAUUAAAGACUGGCUACUUGUGUGAGUUGUGUCUCCAUAUCUGCCAUUUGACGUUGUUUGAUAUAUAAGCUUUUUAUUAAUAUGCAAAAUACUAUUAUUGGGAUGGGCUUAAUCAGUUUGUAGCACAAAUACAACUUAAUUGUUACUUUUUGCCAGAUGCCUUAUUUGAGAUUGGGGGGGGGGGGGGCAUUCCAUCAACCAAUAAUCCUUGAUUUUGAUUGGCUGAGAAGCAAUGCUACUGUGGUACAUGUAGUUGUCGGAUGAAACAGAGUUUAAUGUUCUGACAAGUCCUUUGAUGAAAUGCUCCUCUGGAAUUUGUUCUGAUAACAAAAUGUUUUUUUUUAUUUUUUUAAUGAUGAUGUUUACAAAGAGUUUUUGGUUUCAGACAGAUUUGGAGUUGCAGACAUUUUUGUACAUUUCAUGUUCAUUGAGGCACAUAUACAUGUAAUUUCAAAUAAGCAAGAAUUUGUAUUUGAAAAGGAUUAUCAGAUUAUUUGGAAGAGCCGUGGUGUAGUGGUUCUGACUCUCGCCUUGUAAACAGAGGGUCGUGUGUUCGAAUCCCACUGCGGUCUAUAGCGUCCUUUGGCAAGGCGUUAAUCCACACUUUGCCACUCCCGACCCAGGUGCUAAAUGGGUACCCGGUAGGAUGCGAAAGAUAUUGUAUGUCUGAAUUUGCCAGCGCCAUAAUGAGGCUGUGAUGAAUGCAAGGAAUGAUUCCCAGGGAGUGGAAAUGUGCACUUUUCGUGUGGGAUUGAAAUGAAUCCAAUUACCGGGGUAAUAAUAACGCGCUUUGAGCCAUUAUGGGAAAAGUGCUAUAUAAAAAUUGGCUAUUAGUAUUUUAGAGUGACAGAUGCCCAUGUUCUUUAGUCGAGUUGAGAGUCUGUGAGAAGGCACCUUAUUUAAGAAAAACAGAUUUUCCCAUGAAUUUGAACAAUGAUCAUGCUGCUUGGCCUCUUAUGUGCAUGGCUUUUCCCCCUCUUCACAUAGGAUUAACGAUGAAGAGAUGCUUUUGAGAUAACUGUCAAAAGAUGCAGCUCUCUUGAGUUUUCUUGAGGUGCCAGAGAUUAAAAAUGCAAAGGUUCUUGGGUCAAGCUGAGAGUUUGGAUUACUGUCAAGGUUGCAAAGGUCAUUAAUCAUUAAAGGAGAAUGAAACCCUUGAAACCAGCUGAAUCAAUAUCAAAGAGAAAAAUCAAAGAAACAUAUUGUUGAAAGUUUGAGGAAGAUUGAAUGAAUAAUAAGAAAGUUAUGAGCAUUUGAAUAUUGAGAUCACUAAUGCCAUGUAGAUCCUCCCAUUGGCAAUGCGACCAAGAUCUGUGAUGUCACACACGUACAACUCCCUCAUUACUUUAGUACUAAUUUCACUUUAUAUUCUCACUUUUAUAGAGUCUAUCACAAGGUGAGGUGUUCUCUUUAUGAGACAACAAGUACAGAGGUUUCACAACAUUAUAUCAUUGAUGAAUCGUUUGUCAAAUGAUUAGAAUGAGAAAAAAGAGAUGUUUUGGGGUAUAUUUUCAGUGUCCAAAAGGGGAGAGUUGUUCAUCUGUGACAUAGAUCUUGGUCGCAUUGCCAAUGGGAGGAUCUCCAUAGCAUUAGUGAUCUCGGCAUUCAAAUGCUCAUAACUCUUCUAUUGCUAGUCCUAUUUUACUCAAACUUUUGUUGAUCUUAUUCUUUGAUUUUUCUGCUUUCGCAAAAGCUAACUUGCUCCAAGAGUUUCAUUCUCCUUUAAGGGGGCUGAUUUGAAUAGUAGGGACAGAGUGUGACAGGACAGUCACCCCCCCCCCCCCCUGUAGGAUUUUUUUUUUUAGUAUUGAAAAACAAAUAGAAUUUGAGAUUAGGGUAGGUAAAAGAAGAGGGAAGAAAAACAAAGAGGCCUGGGUUGCAUAACUCUAUAUUACACCUGUAAUUCAAUUAAGAAAAAAAAAGGUCAUCUUGCUCCUCCUUCUAUCAAAAUACCAUGGUGCCCCCCCCCCCCCCCUCUGUUGAACAUAUAAAAUCACAUUUUAGGAUCUCUAUGGUUUAAAAUCAUAUUCAUAUUUUCAUUGGAGGUUGGUGGUACGGAUUGCAGUAUUGAUCAAUUUGAUUUUACAGAUGUAUUAUAAACGCAUUAUUUUUGCUCAGUUGAAUACAACAUUUUAUAUUUAUUUAAGAGAGGAAAUAAAAGAACAUGUAUUUUCUUAAUUUAUGAUGCAAAUAUUAAAUGUGCAAUCAGACGUAUAUUGCUUACAAGUAUAUAUUGAAA